CGUCAGCCUGGGAUUGGUAACCUGGAGUUCAGCGAGCGCCUUGCCGUCGCGAGGGCUAUAAAAGGGGUGAUGCAACGCGCUCUCAGCCACAGUCUCACUCUGCGAGGCGCGCUGGGCACGGUGCUUCCCCGGCGGAGCCUCCCGGCCACUCCGCGCUCCCACCGAGUCCUUGCUGCUCGCCCGCCGGCGGGACACACCGCCCGCCUCUGGCCGCUCUCUGGACCCUGGCCGCCCCGAGCGGAGACUGGAGCAAAAUGAUGCUUCAACAUCCAGGCCAGGUCUCUGCCUCAGAAGUCAGUGCGUCUGCCAUCGUCCCCUGCCUCUCACCUCCUGGAUCCCUGGUAUUUGAGGAUUUUGCUAACCUGACACCCUUUGUCAAGGAAGAGCUGAGGUUCGCCAUCCAGAAUAAGCACCUGUACCACCGGAUGUCCUCUGCGCUGGAGUCCGUUACCGUCAACAACAGACCCCUGGAGACGUCAGUCACGAAAUCGGAGGCGGCCCCUGAAGAAGACGAGAGGAAAAGGAGGCGGCGGGAAAGAAACAAGAUUGCAGCCGCCAAGUGUCGAAACAAGAAGAAAGAGAAGACCGAGUGCCUGCAGAAAGAGUCAGAGAAGCUGGAAAGUGUGAAUGCCGAGCUGAAGGCCCAAAUUGAGGAGUUGAAAAAUGAGAAACAGCACUUGAUAUACAUGCUCAACCUGCACCGGCCCACGUGUAUCGUCCGGGCUCAGAAUGGGCGGACUCCGGAAGAUGAGAGGAACCUCUUUAUCCAGCAGAUAAAAGAAGGAACAUUGCAGAGCUAAGCAGCGGUGGCGGGGGGAUAACUGGGGAGUCCUUACUGAAUCCUCCUUUUCCACCCUGAACCCUGAAGCCAUUGGAACGCUGGCUUCCUGUGCACUUCGAGAACCUCAGCAGCCCAGAGCCGUGGGGGCAGGAAGGUCAGUGGUACCUACUGCGUUGUCCCAUUCUGCCCCGGAGUGAACUGCGGCACAGAGCAAGAGCAUCCCUUGUCUCACUAACUCCAGGAUUUAGGCCUUACCAUCCUGGCCAUUCUCAGAUGAUCUAACUGGCCCCUGGCUGGGGUCCCAAGCAAAGCAGGAUGCCCACUAAUGGGAUUCAUGCAGAAGUGUCUGCCUCAGUAGGUGGGGUGGGACCACGUCCCCCACUGCAGCUGACACCAUCUUUCCUAGGGAAUAUGGAGCGGGAAUGCUCAUUAUCGAGGUUGUCCAAUGGCCAGGGUGUGCUUCUAGAAAAUACGCUGCUACGCCCCAGAAUGACUGCGCUCGCUUCAGAGCCAGGCGUUGUGCUGGCUGGGUUUUGUCUUGCACAACACCGUCAGGACUUUCCUGGGAGUUUCAUCAGAACUGAUUUCUGAGAGUUUGGGAGUCUGCCAUCAUGGACAGUAUCCCUCAAAAGCAUUCAGGUGGCCACGUAAGCCUCCCUGGCCCAGAGGGGUGAAAGUGGCCUGAUGGCCAGCUGUGCCACUUUGUGUUGACAGAGGACGCCUCCUCUCCCUGUACCCACUACUGAGGAAGAACCUGGGCACGACAGCAGGUCCUUGGCUGCGAACUGUUACAAUGUCACAGAAAGAAGGCACAAAGAAAGUCCAACUUCCAAAGGGUAGGACUCUUCCUUCCCACUCAGUGACGGGGCAGGAGUGAGUUCUAGACUAGAUGAGGCAGAGAUACUCCAUUUCCUCUCCUCACGGCCAGAAACCACAGCCCGUGGAGAAGCGUGUUUGAAGCCAAGUGCAGGACCAGGCUUCUUUCUGCACUGUAGGAUGAUAAUGGCAUUGUUUUUGUUUUUGAGAUAUGGCCCAGAGCAUUUCAGCUGGGAGGCCCCUCCCUCUGGCUACCAGAACUCUGGCUACUGUUAAAAUUCUGGCGUUUCUGUGAAAUCCUCAGAGUAUUUAAUCUUACUCAAUUGUAUCAUUACAAUUUUCUGUGAGAGAAAGUAUUAUUUAUCCCAGUAUUCCUAGCCUGUCAACAUAAUAAAUAUCAGAAUAAGACAUGGUAAA